AUGUUUUAUGGACACACCCACUUUGAUGAGUUCCAGAUAUUUUAUGAUGGCGGGAAGCCGAAGGGUCGGCCUACUCAUUUUGCAUGGAUCGCCCCAUCCCUUACGACUUAUUCCGAUCAUAAUCCUGCUUACCGAAUUUAUACCGUCGAUGGGGAAUACGAUGGGAGCUCAUAUACGGUUGCUGAUGCCGCCACAUAUUGGACUGAUAUUGAACUGGCCAAUAAAAAUAACCAAGAACCGAUCUGGAAGUUGGAAUAUGAUACUAGGAAAGGCCUUAAUAUGCAUGAUCUAUCACCAAAAAGCUGGGAGGAUCUGGUGCAGCGAAUGGAGGCUGAUAACGCGUUAUUCGAUAAGUAUCGAACUUACCGAUUUCGGAAUGCGGCCUUCGAAAAGGAUUGUGUAACCAAUCCGGAAUGUAGGAAGAAGAUGAUUUGUUCCCUCAGAAGUGCCCGUUCGAUGUUUGUCGUCCUCGGGUAUUUAUCUUGUUUAUUAUUGAUUCAAUCGUCAGCGUCCGCAGAAGCGCCACAAAUUAAUAAAGAUGCGUACCUACAUAAUGUAAUGGACAGAAUAGCCGCUUUGACGCCGUCUAACGCUGACUUAGGGUGUGGUACUUGCAAAUUGCUCGUGGAUAUGCUGCAAAACAUGCUGAAGAGCAAUAAAACCGAGCAGGAAAUUUUCGAAGUAGUUGAGAAUCUCUGCGUAAAUUUGAAAAUAGAAGACCCGCACAUCUGCAAAGCUAUUGUGCCGCAAUUUGGACCCGAACUAGUCUAUGUGCUUGAGAAGAGUGAUCACGAUGUUGAUGAUAUUUGUGGAGCGAUGAUUACGGGUUGUGGGAACCCGGAAAAUCCAAAAACUGCGUUAUGGCCCAUGCAAAUACCGGCAAAUAAGCCUGUGGUGAAACCAUGGCCGGUUGUAGCGAACGGCGGCAAUACCCUUCGCGUACUUCAUUUAUCCGAUAUUCAUCUUGAUCGAAUGUAUACGGUCGGAGCUGAAUCAAAUUGUACAAAGGGUGGCGGUGUCCAGAAUCCAAUGUGCUGUCGUCCGUAUCCGGAUGUGGAUCCCAGUACACCAAUACAAAUCCCGGCAGGGCCUUGGGGUAUGAAUCAAAAUUGCGAUCUACCAUUCCAAACAUUUGUCAAUGCCAUGAGCCACAUCAACAAGACGGAAAAACUUGAUUUUAUCUACAUUACUGGUGACCUCGAAGGACACGAUAUCUGGGAUUACACCAAGGAAAAGACGAUCUCGAAUAUCCAGAACAUCACUGAUGUCUUAUCCUCUUUCUUUCCAAAUACCCCUAUUUAUCAAGCUACUGGAAACCAUGAGGGAGUACCAAUGGAUGGAAUGCCGCCACAUACAAUGGAGGACUACCAAACCUACAGCCCGGAAUGGCUCUAUAAAGAGUUUGCCAAGGCUUGGGGACCUCAUUUGACCCAGCAAGCUAUCUUCGACACUCAAUAUCGUGCUUCAUAUUCAAUCUACAUCAAGAAGAAUCUGCGACUAAUUUCUCUGAACACCGUCUACUGCUCCCAAUGGAACUUCUUCCUGUUUCUUGACCUGGUAGACCCAGAUGGAACGCUUCAAUGGUUAGCGGAACAACUUCUAGAUGCCGAGCAAAAGAAGGAGAAGGUGCAUAUCAUUUCCCAUAUUCCAUCCGGUGAUGACUAUUGUAUGAAAGGGUGGUCGUUCAAUUUUUACGACAUUGUCAAUCGGAUUUAUACGAUUGACGGAGAGUACACUGGAAGCUCCUACACAGUUUUGGAAGCGGAAACCUACUGGGCGGAUGUAGAAUUGGCAAAUCGGAACAACAAGGAACCGGACUGGAAACUUGAAUAUAAAACUAGACAAGCCUAUAAUAUGCCCGACCUCUCACCGAAAAGCUGGAGCGACCUGGUAACACGCAUGGAAACAAAUAAUACAUUAUUUAAUAUGUAUCGAACUUACCAUUAUCGCAAUCCAAACCACGAGAAGAACUGUGCGACGAAUGGUAACUGCAAGCAGAACAUAAUGGCCCGCGGGCAUCAAAAGGCUCUGUCCCAGCAGCGCAACGCCCAAAAGCAGGAAGCAGCGAAAAAAGGGACCAGCCAGGCCAAAACCGCUCAAGCCGCUCUAAAAUUCAAGUGUUCCGUCUGCAUGGCCCAAAUGCCCGACCCGAUCACCUACAAAGACCAUUUCACCUCAAAACAUCCGAAAUCGCCCCUCCCCGCGGAACUCCAAGCG